CACAUUACCCGUGUAUUUUCCGGAAUCGCAGUGUGAAAGGGGCUUUGUACUGUUGUGCUUGGUGGUGACGUAAUUGCACUGCGACGGCAGCGGAAGAGACGUGGCAAAAAAUGCAACCUAGCUGCCAUAAAUAUAUAGAGGAUAGACCCUGAGCGUGUACAGUUCCGCGCUAAUAUUUGCAUCAGUUUGUGGCUAACUGGUAUUUUUAUUGACCUUUUAAGACAGACCAUGGGUUUGUGCAAGUGUCCUAAGAGGAAGGUAACGAACUUGUUCUGCUUUGAACAUCGUGUCAACGUUUGUGAGCACUGUCUUGUAUCCAAUCACAAUAAGUGUAUUGUACAGUCAUACCUGCAGUGGCUACAAGACAGCGAUUACAACCCAAACUGCAGCCUGUGCAGCCAGCCCUUAGAUUCCCAGGAUACUGUUCGGCUAGUCUGUUAUGAUUUAUUCCACUGGUCAUGUCUGAAUGAGCUCGCCUCCCGUCAGCCUCUCUACACGGCACCUGCUGGGUACCAGUGCCCAACAUGCCAAGGUCCUGUGUUCCCACCCUCAAACCUGGCCAGUCCUGUUGCAGACAUGCUGAGAGAACAGCUGUCCUAUGUCAACUGGGCUAGAGCAGGACUGGGCCUUCCGCUGAUUGAAGAUCCACCAAAGAGUGAGGAAAGUACAACACAUGACAUUACAUGCUACUCUGAGUGGUCAUCUUUUGAGACCCCUACAGUGGAUAUAACUUCAAACCUCACACCCACCAGUCUACCACCUGAUCAGGAUGUGGAACACAUGCACAAAAAUGGAGAAAUGAGUGCCCAGAAUCACUCUGCCAUCAGUAUGAGCACCACCUCUACCACCGAUACAAUCACCAUUAACACAGCUGUAUCCCCAAGAAAGGUAUACGACACACGGGAUUCAGGACACAGUGCAGUGAUGCAGAUUGACUUUGAUGAUGAUAAAUACCGCAGACGGCCUGCCCUUAGCUGGUUUGCACAGGUUCUGAAGAAUCGUACUGGCACUAAGAAAAAGACCCUCACACUGAAACAGCGAAUCUUCAUGUUGUUGUUGGUUGGAGUGAUUGGUUUCUUUACCCUCAUUAUAAUCAUGGCCAAACUGGGUCGAGCCUCAGCUGAGACAGAUCCGAACCUGGAUCCCAUGCUGAAUCCCCACAUCAGGGUAGGCAACAUGUGAUGGAUCCACUUCCUACUAAAACUUUGUGGAUUCAGCUUGCAGUUUGACUUUACUUAUAAAACAUGAUUUGAAAAUGCUGGAGAAAGAAUCUUCCUCAUUAUUCUUGGACUAGUGUUUGGACUGUAGUAGGAAAGUGUGACUCGGUGGUCAACCAUAAAGAAGAUAAAGAUGGAGAUUGGUCAAGUUGUUGUUGCACAACAAAUCUCAGAUUUCUCUUGAGUGAGAUUAUAUAGGCUCCAUAAGUGUGCAACUGUGUAUUAUUCAGCUCUGUAAUUAUCCCUUGUAUACCCUUCUUAAAAUUGGGAUAAAAGAUUUUGUCACUA